AAUGAAGUCAAAGAGCGGCAGGUGUUAUCUUUUAGGUCACGGGCAAAUAGACCAAAUAGUUUUCGAGGAGGUUUUAGAGGGCCCAACAACUAUGGCUAUCACAACAAAAGUUUCAGGUAUAAUAUUGGCAAUACAAAUAGGCACAAUAAUGGCAAUAACACAAGGUACAAUAGUCAAAAUAAUUACAAUAGAAGUAACAACUUUAACAAUGGACAAAAUAACUACAGAAAUAGCACAAGCAAUCGUUCAGCAAGCAACAGAAAUAGCUCUUCUCGUUCGAAUUCUAGAAACACUUCUAAUAUUCGAUUUUUAAACGCCGAUAC